GAUGCAGUGAGGACAAUAUCAAUGAUGGGGGGAGAUUCUGUCACUCUACACACUGAUGUUUCUGAAGCACAGAAAUAUUUGUUGAUACAGUGGAUGUUUGGAAGCACAAGAAUAGCUGAAUUGAACAGGCUUACACAAACCAUCUCAAUCUAUGAUAGUGCCGAUGGAAGAUUCAGAGACAGACUGAAACUGGAUCUGAUUGGAUCUCUGACCAUCACAAACACCAGAACCACACACUCUGGACUUUAUGAACUCAUAAUUGUCGGCGAUGAAACCAUAUACAUGAGUUUUAAUCUUACAGUCUAUGAGACUCCACGAAAUUCUACAUCAUCAGAAAGUUCAUCAAGCCUACAUCCUGUGACAUCCAGCUCUGUGGUGAACAAAUCAACUGUCAAUCAAACCGAGAAUAACAACUCUACAGAACCGCAUCAGCCGAGUUCAGACAACAUCCACUGUUGUAGUUUCACUGAAGCAGCGAUCCGAUUGGUUCUCUCUGCUUUGGUGGGCGUGGCUACAGUUGCUGUGCUGGUUUAUGACAUCAGAUCAACAAGAAGUGAACUGAUCAGGACAGAAGAGACGAAACAUUACCAUCAGACUCAUGUUAAAUCAGACCAGCAGAUUGAAUUGAGCAGAAGGGAGAGUUCCGUAUAUGUCCAGAUAUAAAGCAAAGCAUCCACUGAGGCAUAUCACAGAAUUAGUUGCUGUACAUUUUUGGUGAUUUU